AUGGCAUCACCGAAGGAUAAGAUCAGUCAGUAUCUUGACCAGUCGCACGAGCGCAUCUUCGAGAACAAUCGGAACUGGGUCUCUUCCAAGAAACAAGAAGAUCCCGCGUUCUUCGAGAAGCUCGCAGCGGGGCAAGCCCCCGAAUAUCUAUACAUAGGAUGUAGUGACAGUCGAGUCCCCGCCAACGAGAUCAUGGGUCUCGAAGCAGGCGAGGUCUUCGUCCACCGGAACAUCGCGAACUUGGUCCCCAACACGGACCUCAACGUCAUGGCAGUGAUCAACUACGCGGUGCGACAUCUCGGCGUCAAGCACAUUGUUGUGUGUGGCCACUACAACUGCGGAGGGGUGAAGGCGGCAUUGACCCCAUCUGACUUGGGCAUACUGAAUCCGUGGCUGCGAAAUAUUCGCGACGUCUAUCGCCUACACGAAGCUGAACUUGACGGCAUCCAGGACGAGCAGGCAAGAUACAUGCGCCUCAUUGAGCUCAAUGUGGUCGAGUCGUGCAGGAAUAUUGUUAAAACCGCUGCGGUUCAACAGAGCUACCAAAAACACGGGUAUCCUGUGGUUCAUGGAUGGGUGUUUGACAUACGUGAUGGGCUACUUCGAGAUCUUGAUGUUGACUUUAAGAGCAUGCUACAGGACAUUAAGAAGAUAUAUAGCCUUGGAGGAUCGGCUGAAUAA